AAUAGAUGAGCACUUUUUCAUAUCGGGAUCUGCAUGCUUGGUAUGCUGCGACGGCAUUCCUAGUCAUACUAAAUCAGCAUUUUAUAGAACACAAGAGUUAUCAACAAAGUAUAACUUGCGGUUACUAUCUGCUCAUAUCUUGGAUCCUGGAAGUCGAAUGCUGUUAUCUGAAAGAAUCCUAAACGUAGCAGAAGCAGUGCUUGGCGUGCGUUCGGGAGCACCAGUACUGCACUUUUCUCGUUGUUACAAUCAUACUCAGAAUUAAUACACCGGUGUAAUAAAUGCUAAUUUCUCGUUAAGAUCAUGAAAAAGCUAACAGGCAAGUCACAGGCAUAUGCUUCAAGUCAGGAGGACAGUGAGAAUGAGAGUGAUGAAACAGAGUGCAGCAUUGGCAGUAAUUCAACUGCUGGAACACAUCGCAGUGAUACUCCAACGCGAAGCGCACGGUACAGGAGGAAAGGCAGACGGCGCAGCAAAACAGCAAAAAAUAAAACUUGUACUGACAAGCCACUAUAUAAAUACUGCUGCAGUGUAAAGGAAGAUCAUGGUCAACCGUUGUUCGGUGUACAGUUCAAUCAUCAUUUAAAGGAAGGGGAGCCAAUGAUCUUCGCAUCAGUCGGCAGCAAUCGGGUCAGCAUUUACGAAUGUCCUGAAGGUGGAAACAUAAGACUUCGUCAAUGCUACGCAGAUCCUGACACAGAAGAAAACUUCUACACCUGCGUUUGGACUUAUGAAGACUCCGGCAAACCCUUACUCGCAGUAGCAGGUUCACGAGGUGUUGUCAGAGUGAUCAGUCCAGUGACGAUGACCUGUAUAAAACACUACAUUGGUCAUGGUCAUGCAAUAAACGAGCUCAAGGUUCAUCCUAAAGAUCCCAACAUUCUUCUCUCAGCCUCCAAGGAUCAUGCCCUGAGACUCUGGAACAUAAAAUCUGACGUAUGCAUCGCCAUCUUUGGCGGCGUUGAAGGACAUAGGGAUGAGGUACUUAGUGCUGACUUUGAUAUGACCGGAGAGCGAAUAAUAUCUUGCGGUAUGGAUCACGCUCUGAAGUUAUGGUCUCUGGAUAAACCUGACAUGCAGGAUGCCAUAAAGCAAUCAUAUUUUUGUAACCCAACAAGAAACGGUCGGCCAUUUGAUUCGGUUUUACAACACUUCCCUGACUUCACCACCCGGGAUGUUCACAGAAACUAUGUGGACUGUGUCAAAUGGUAUGGCGACUUCAUUCUUAGUAAAUCUUGUGAGAACUGCAUCGUUUGCUGGAAACCAGGACGCCUAGAAGAUACUCAAUUACGCAAUGGCGAAACUAGUGCUACUGUUUUACAUCGUUUCGAGUUCAAGGAAUGCGACAUCUGGUUCAUACGAUUCUCCAUGGAUUUUUGGCAGCGUACCAUAGCCCUGGGUAAUCAAGUAGGAAGAACUUAUGUAUGGGACUUAGAGGUCGAUGAACCUGGACAAGCUCGUUGUUGCUCCUUACAGCAUCCACGAUGUACAGCACCAAUUAGACAGACUAGUUUAAGUCGCGACGGUUCGGUACUGUUGUGCGUUUGUGACGAUGCUACUGUUUGGCGAUGGAAUCGUGAUCAAUGACUUCUGUUUAAUUGUUGUUUUCAUUGAGUAAUUUACUAACUUGUAUCCAGGACUGCAUUUUUUAAAUUUUGUUUAACGACACUUCAUUGUCGUGAUAGAUUUUAUAUUUGUCCAAUUGUACGAUACUUCCGUGAUUUAAUGAUCGUUAAAAUAUCUGUUAUCUUAUUUCUUGUUUGCGUAUUUCACAUGAACGUGCGAGUGAAAAUAGCACGAACGAAUUUUCAAUAUUCGUUCAUACGUACGAUUUUUAUUGGCUUAUUCUAUCAGAAGGCAUACCUAGUAUGAUAAAUGAUAACUGUACUAAUUCACUCGCGGAAGAUUUUUCGGAUUCUUCAGAAUUCAUGUACAAAUAUUUGUAAUCUUUAUAUUUUUAAACACUUUUGGAAUAAUAAAUGACAAGAAAAUUUCACAUA